AUGGGAAAAGAUAACGAAAUUGAGGCUUGGCUCCAGGGUUCCUUGAAAAGAAAACAGGUGGUUAACCUGUCUCCUGUCAACAGUAAGAGGCCCAAUGGCUUUGUUGAUAACUCAUUCCUUGAUAUCAAGAGAAUCCGCGUCGGGGAGAACCUCUCUGCAGGACAAGGGGGCCUCCAAGUAAAUAAUGGACAAAAUCAGAUUAUGUCAGGGAGCUUGCCCAUGAGCCAAGCACCCCUGCGGAAGACUAACACUCUGCCACCCCAUACACAUCCUCCUGGAAAUGGUAUCUUUAAUAUGGGCUUAAAGGAAGUGAAGAAGGAACCAGGAGAGACUCUAUCUUGCAGUAAGCACAUGGAUGGCCAGAUGACCCAGGAGAGCAUGUUUUCCAAUAGGUACGGAGAGGACCCUGUAGAGCAGCUGAUGGACCCAGAGCUGCAGGAACUGUUCAAUGAACUGACCAACAUAUCUGUGCCUCCCAUGAGUGACCUGGAGCUGGAGAACAUGAUCAAUGCCACCAUCAAGCAGGAUGACCCAUUUAACAUUGACUUGGGUCAGCAAAGCCAGAGGAGCACUCCCAGGCCCUCCUUGCCCAUGGAGAAGACAGUGAUCAAGAGUGAAUACUCCCCGGGCCUAACCCAGGGCCCCUCGGGCUCCCCUCAGCUGAGGCCCCCAUCAGCUGGCCCUGCAUUCUCCAUGGCCAACUCCGGGCUCUCCGCUUCCUCCCCGGUCCCUUCUGUCCCUCAGAGCCAGGCUCAGCCUCAGACAGCCUCGGGAGCGAGCCGGGCCCUGCCGAGCUGGCAGGAAGUAUCCCACGCCCAGCAGCUCAAGCAGAUCGCGGCCAACCGUCAGCAGCAUGCCCGGCUGCAGCAGCACCAGCCUACCACCUGGUCGGCCUUGCCCUCCUCCACUGGGCCAUCGCCAGGUCCGUUUGGGCAGGAGAAAAUCCCCAGCCCUUCUUUCGGUCAGCAGCCAUUCAGCCCGCAGAGCUCCCCGAUGCCUGGGGUGGCGGGCGGCGGCAGCCAGUCGAAGGUGAUGGCUAACUACAUGUACAAGGCCAGCCCGUCGGCCCAGGGAGGGCACCUGGACGUGCUCAUGCAGCAGAAGCCUCAGGAUCUCAGUCGGAGUUUCAUGAACGCCCCGCACACAGCCAUGGAGCCCCGGCAUGGCAACACUAAGCCUUUGUUCCAUUUUAACUCAGAUCAAGCAAGCCCGCAGAUGCCUUCCGUUUUGCCUUCCCAGGCUAAGCCAUCUCUCCUGCACUAC